AUGGAAUUUGUGGAUAGAGUCUUGUCUUUGCAGGGGAAUGGUACCGUUAACAAAUUUUCUCUUACUUGUUGUGGAGAUGGUGUUGAUCCUGCUCGUAUCACUUGUUGGAUAUUGAAUCUGUUGAAACGCGGUGUAUCGGAUCUUGAUCUAAGCCUAUCGGAAUUGGAAUAUCCCUUGCCUUCAGAGCUCUUUGUGAGCAAGACAUUGGGUAAACUGAAAUUAGGACAGGGAGAUGGUCCCAUUUUCACCUUUGAUGUGGAAGAUGUUUUUCUUCCAAAGCUUAAGUAUCUAUGUCUUGAUUCACUUGUGUUUGAAGAGGAUGAUGUUGGGUUUGCAAAGCUUCUUUCUGGUUGUCCAGUGCUUGAGGAGUUAGUUCUGAAGGGUGGGAUUUUUGGAAGUCAUGCUCUGUGUCUAUCGCAACCCUCAAGAGGUUUACGUUCUUUUGCAAGGAUAUGGAUGAGAAUCCAAAGAGUGUGUCAAUUGAUACUCCGAAUCUUGUCUACCUAG